AUGUUGCUGGUCCGUGAGGCUUACUUGUCAGCCCCCGUUGCCACUCCGGGACUGGCGGCUAUCGGUGAGCAGCGGGAAGGCUGGUCCGCACUAAGGAACUGUUUUUUCUCGAAAACAUGUCUCGCCAUGCUCCUGCAGAUCUGGAAGUCUGUCUUGGAUAGAUUGGCUGCAGAGUUGCACAAACAGGAUAACCAACGGGCCAAACAAAGAGAACUGGAGCUGAAGCAGAAGCUUCGACAGGACCUGGACAGACAGAUGGCGGACGAAAAGCUAAAGCAGGAGCGUGCAAAGGCUGAGGAAGAGCGUUACCUUCAGAUUCAGGAAGAGCACUCCAAGAUUCGGGCGAUGGAGCUCGAGGCCCGGGCUUCAGCACGGCUCCGGAAGAUCGAAGCGACGCAGAAGGACAGGGAUGGCCAACUGGCCCUGAUCAGAUCCCAGAGGGAGGAGGAGAAGCAGCGACAGCAGGCUGAAAGGCAAGAGCUCAUGGAUUGUUUGAGUCGUGACAUGAUGCGUGACCGACAAGAUGCCGAGGACCGUCUCAAAGCUCGCCGAGAUCAAGUCCACAAGGCCUUUGCAGAGACGGCGGAAGCAUCAAAGCUGCGCAAGGCGAAGGCCGACCAGCUGGCGCUCCACGAGCAGCAGCAAGUCGAGGCCUAUGAAAGGCUGAGAGCUGAACGCGAAGAGAAGCGCAGAGAAGCAGCAGAAAAGGAGGCUGCGCAGAGAAAAGAGAUUGAGAAGAAUGCUGGUGUUCGGGCCAUGGCCAUGCAGAAAAUGGCAGACGACACCGAGUUGAAAGCUGCAGCAGAACGAGCGGCAAAGGAGCUUGCAGCCGAGCAGCAGGAGCAGGCCUCCCGCAAGAAGUUGGAGGACAUGAAGUGUCAGACACAGGAGUAUUUGCUGCAGCAGAUGAAGGAAAAGCAGCUCAAGAAAGCAGCGGAGGCCGAAAAAGCAAGGCAGCUGGCUUCUGCUCAGGCAGCUGAGGCAAAGCAGCUUGAGGCUCAGGAGCAAGAACGGCUGGACCGAAAAAAGAAAAUGGUCCGCGACCACCGGAAAGAUCUUGAGCGACAGAUCGCAGCCAGAGCACGCCAUGUGCCGCAGGCUGGAGAUGCUGAGCCGAACGUCGACCUUUGUAAUUUCCAUCAAGCGCUGUGCGUGGAGAAGCUAUACUGGGCCAAACGUGGGAACGGCACAGUGCAGGAGACCAUGAGUGACUGUGAGCUGCGGCUCAACAAGCAGCUGCUGGAGAAGGCCCCCUGCUUGCCCGUCACACUCGCGCUGCAUUUGGCUUCGACCAGGUCUCCGCACUUUUUCGAUGCCUUCAGCCUCGGAGAGUCCACCUACGAUGAGGCUUCUGCCUAUACGAAUGCCGGAGACGACCUGGGCCUAGUCGGCUACACUGAGACGGAUUCGGUUCCGACACAGUCGCAAGUGUUUGCCGAGACGCCGUCCGCAGGCCCCAAGGAGGCUUGGCAGACCUUCUGGCCAGGAUCAGCGAGUGUGCCAGCAAACCGAAUCGGGCCGAAGCCGAGCUGGCAGUACUCGAACACCGAGUUCAUGCAGCCUUACACCACCAGUGGUGAUGGUGUUCCACGGAAAGGGCUGAAGGCUGCCAGAUGGUUCGACAACUCGGUGCUCCAGUACAACGGCAUGGGCCAGCCACAGCUGCCUCCCUUUGGCAUCGGCGCCCGCUUAGCUGAAACUUCUGCCGGGUCCACGUCUUGGGUGCAGCGAGCCGUGAACACCACACUCCUGUGCAAAGAGGCCGGAUGCACCGCCACUUCGAAGCUACAGGUCUUUGACCCACAGCAGGAAGAAGCUCAACUAUGCAGGUUGACCAUCGAAGUACACCCCACUGACUACGACAACCUCUGGAGCAAGGAGUUCGUGCGCAUUUGGAAGAUCAACGAACAUCUGGCCACCGCCAAGUGCGAUCCACACGCGAUGGGGUGCAAUGCCUCUGCGUGGCGACCGCUGGUGCCAUGUUUGCAGGAUUUGAAUGUGGACAAGCUCCUGGCCGAAACAGGUUCACUUCUCAUUGAGGGCUCCAUCAAUAAGAUGGUGGAUGAGUGCCCCUACCAUGGUUAUUUGUUGAACGGCGUAGCCGUUGUCACCUGCAUGGCCCGCAAAAAGGUGGCAGCGAGUGGCCUCGCCGCUCCUCAUGCAGCACAUGGUGGAGCUCCAAGUGAUGCUCGCCUCACAGCCAGUGACCUCUCAACAGCGGAGCUGCAGCGUUCUUUGCUGGCAGCGGGUGGUGUUGGAGCUCUUGAGGCUGCCGGCCUCGGCCUCGGCCCAGGCUCAGGCUUAGGAGGCCAAGGAGGCCUUGCAGGCGCAGGGCUAGGAGGCCCAGGAGGCUCGGGCCAGGGUGCCAACGGAGCUGGUCUUUGGCGGGGUAUACGCUUCCAGCACUUGCCGGGCAGCGCUACCGAUGCAGAUGCGCUGGGUGCUGCUGGGGGUGGAGCCGUGCUGGGCAGUGGCAAUGGAACAGGAGGUCUUUCUGAUGAUGAGAUUAAAGCACUUCUCAGAGACGGGACUGCAGAGCUAGACGAAGCAGCGCUGACCGCCGCAGGAAUGAAUGCAUCCGAGAUCGCAGCGCUACGGGCCAAAGUGCAAGCCAGGUUCCUGGCAGAUGGGCUCGCACCAGGAUCCGUCCUCACCCAUAGCAAGAGCAUGCAGUGCUGCGAGCCAGGAUGUGCAGUGAGGUCUGAGAUCAUCGUGGACCCAACCUUCUUGAGGGCUGGCGCGACUUGCUUGAUGAACUUUACAGUCGUGCAGACAGACUUUGACGAGGCUGUUGGCAAUGAUGUCGAACGAAUUGAGUUCAUUUACCUCGAGGGCGCGGGCAACAUUAGCCAGGAUGUCAAGCCAGGAAGGAACCCGUGCACUGAGGAGUACAGCACAGGAAAGCCUGUUCCCAUGGAGGACCGCGUGUUCACGGUGAUCCAGAACCGUAAUGUCACGGCCGCAAUGUUGGCUCCACCAAUGGGCAUGCUCGUUGUCGACAGCAAGAUCUCACCACAGGUUGAUGACUGCUCUUCCAACGGCGUCCUUUUUGACAGCCAAGUGACCGUUUCAUGCAAGCUGCCCGAGAAAAGCUGA